UGGUGCUUCAUUUGUAAAAUCAUAACCUAAUUUGAUGUUUAAUAGGCUUUUCCUUAAUGCCUCCUUAUUAUACCCAACAUAUUCGCUUAUCCAACAUCCUGCUGGCCCGUUUAUGUUGGAUAAGUGAGACUCUACUGUAAUAAUUUUUUUUUUCGUGACAGGAGCAACUGGAGUUGUUUCUGGAGUGAGAGAAUUGGCCGUCUGCAAGGACGUUGCCCAGGGGACGCCCGAAUGUUUGGAUGUUUUUAUCAUCCUCAUGGGAGGCUUCUCUCAUGUCCCCCGCUUGGAGCUGGAGCUGAUAGAGGGAGCUCAUCUGCACUCUCCCCGGGUGGGAUUCGAACCUGGCAGCCUUCAGGUCAGCAACCCAACCUUCAAGUCACGAGGCUUUUAUCCCCCAGGCCACCGGAGGCUCCAAUAAUAAUAAUAAUAAUAAUAAUAAUAAUAAUAAUAAUAAUAAUAAUAAUAAUAAUGAAAAACGAGUCCCUGCAUGCAUUAACCAUCCCUCACUAGUAAUAAUAGUAAGGAAACCCUAUUCCUUGCUUGCCUUGAUCUGCUUAUUGUGGGCUAAGGGAAGGGGGGGAGCAUUGCUAAGCCUUUGCCAGAGCUGCCUGCCUCUGGCCCCAUAAAUCACCCUUCGCCUCUCCUUGUGCUUUUCUCCUCUCUGGGUUUGUUAUAGGAACGAAGGAACGAAGGAGGAAGACUUUCCACUCCUUUUUAAGACACUGGCGGAUGGAUGGAUGGAGUGUUUAUGGAGGGAGGGCUUCCAGGGGAUGCCACAGGGAUCAUUGGGGAAGUUAGAAGAGCCAAUUUGCAGCAACGCCUGGGGCAAACAUCUGGAGGAAACUCGACUCCCAGAGCCCUUCCUUUGCACUCUGCACAUGCCCUGGGGACCUCUCUUUUCCAUAUUUAGCCUGCUUUUCCAUUUCUGUGGGACGGGCCUUUUCCAUGCGUCCGGGGAAUUCCUGGAGGAUCCUUCCCUUUUUGGGGAGGCAAAAUAUCAUAGGGUCUUUUUGGAAAUUUCGGGCGACUCAAUGGAGAUUCAAUUUGAGUCCAAACUGCUGCAAAACAAAAAGAAAACCCUUUUCCAGCUUGGCCUUCCCUCCCUGAUCCUUUUCCCAUUUAAGGCCAAAGAAAGGCAUAUAUCCGUUAUGGACAGGGCUUUUUUCUCAGGCUGACUUUCCCUCGGGGCUCAAACGUUGCAUAAAUACGGCCUAAAUAGGGAUAAACAGAGAGACCUUUGCAAGCCUUUAAUUAUGGAUUUCAGGCUGUUGGAGAGAUAAGACCCCUUUUGGGCCAUAUAUCUGCAAAUUCCCUCUUUUUUUUAAAUGCAUGAGAAAGCAGGAAAGAGAUAGCAAAGUGUUGCAUCCUGUUUAAAGACAAGCAAAAAAAAAUUAAACCCAAUUUCUGCUGGGGGUGGAAUAGUUUAUAAAAAGCAUAACAGGAGGAAGGUUUUCCCAAGCCUCCCAUAAAGUUUGGUCCUAAAAGGAAAGCUUAAAGAGCGAAAAGGAAUGGAUCUAAAUGUGAAUCAUGUCUCUUUAGGGGUUGAUUCAAUCCUCAGGGGUGGUCCUUAUGGGUCCCUCCCCAUCACUGGGCUCUAUAUAGGGAAGAGGCGAUGCUCCAAAAGCCCUUGUCGCUUGCGGUGCUGCUUCCGGACGCCUUCCUGGACCUUUUCUCCUUUUUUCUGGCCCCAAGUGCCCUCCGAUCCCGGCCAUGGCCCAGAAAGGCCCGCUGAGCGAGGAUGAGAAGUUCCUCUUUGUGGACAAGGACCCUCUGGGAGGGACGGUGGCGCAAGCGGACUGGUCGGCCAAGCGCCUGGUCUGGGUCCCUUCCGAGAAGCAUGGCUUCGAGGCGGCCAGCGUCAAGGAGGAGAAGGGCGAGGAGGUGCUGGUGGAGCUGGCCGAGAACGGGCGCAAGGCCACCUUCGCCAAGGACGACAUCCAGAAGAUGAACCCCCCCAAGUUCUCCAAGGUGGAGGACAUGGCUGAGCUCACUUGCCUCAACGAGGCUUCCGUCCUCCACAACCUGCGUGAGAGAUACUUCUCCGGACUCAUCUACACAUAUUCAGGCCUCUUCUGCGUUGUAGUCAACCCUUACAAACAGCUUCCUAUUUAUUCGGAGAAGAUCGUGGACAUGUACAAAGGCAAGAAGAGGCACGAGAUGCCGCCCCACAUCUACGCCAUUGCCGACACGGCCUACCGGAGCAUGCUGCAAGAUCGAGAGGAUCAAUCCAUUCUUUGCACGGGUGAAUCCGGUGCCGGCAAGACAGAAAACACCAAGAAGGUCAUCCAGUAUUUGGCCGUGGUGGCCUCCUCCCACAAGGGCAAGAAGGACACCAGCAUCACGCAAGGGCCGUCUUUUGCUUACGGCGAAUUGGAGAAGCAGCUCCUCCAAGCAAAUCCUAUCCUGGAAGCUUUUGGAAAUGCCAAAACGGUGAAAAAUGACAAUUCUUCCCGAUUCGGAAAAUUCAUCCGGAUCAAUUUCGACGUCACCGGAUACAUCGUGGGAGCCAACAUCGAAACCUAUUUGCUGGAGAAAUCCCGCGCCAUCCGCCAAGCCAGGGAAGAGCGGACCUUCCACAUAUUUUACUAUCUGCUUGCCGGGGCCAGCGAGCAAAUGAAGAGUGACCUGCUGCUGGAGAACUUCAACAACUACACCUUCCUCUCCAACGGAUACGUCCCCAUUCCAAGCCAGCAAGAUGACGAAAUGUUCCAGGAGACCCUUGAAGCCAUGGCUAUUAUGGGGUUCAAUGAAGAGGAGCAGAUUGCAAUGCUGAGAGUGGUCUCCUCGGUCCUACAGCUGGGCAACAUCGUCUUCAAGAAGGAGAGGAACACUGACCAGGCCUCCAUGCCGGACGAUACAGUGGCUCAGAAGGUGUGCCACCUGAUGGGAAUCAACGUGACGGAUUUCACGCGAGCGAUUCUUACGCCGAGGAUCAAAGUCGGGAGAGACGUGGUGCAGAAAGCGCAGACCAAGGAACAGGCGGAUUUUGCCAUCGAAGCCCUGGCCAAAGCCAUCUAUGAGCGCCUUUUCCGAUGGAUCUUGACCCGCGUCAACAAGGCCCUGGAUAAGACCAAACGACAAGGAGCCUCCUUCUUGGGGAUCCUGGACAUCGCUGGCUUCGAGAUCUUCGAGAUCAAUUCCUUUGAGCAGCUCUGCAUCAACUACACCAACGAGAAGCUGCAGCAGCUCUUCAACCACACCAUGUUCAUCCUGGAGCAGGAGGAGUAUCAGAGGGAGGGCAUCGAGUGGAACUUCAUCGACUUCGGGCUCGAUCUCCAGCCCUGCAUCGAACUGAUCGAAAGACCUAACAACCCUCCGGGCAUCUUGGCCCUUCUGGACGAGGAAUGCUGGUUCCCCAAAGCCACCGACACUUCGCUGGUGGAGAAGCUGUGCGCGGAACAAGGGAAUCACCCCAAAUUCCAGAAGCCAAAGCAGCUCAAGGACAAGACGGAGUUCUGCAUCAUGCAUUACGCGGGGAAGGUCAUCUACAAUGCGACCGCAUGGCUGACGAAGAACAUGGAUCCCUUGAACGAUAACGUGACGGCUUUGCUCAACCAGUCUUCUGAAAAGUUCGUGGGGGAUCUUUGGAAAGACGUGGACCGCAUCGUGGGAUUGGACCAGAUGGCCAAGAUGACCGAGAGCUCGCUGCCCAGCGCCUCCAAGACCAAGAAGGGCAUGUUCCGGACGGUGGGGCAGCUCUACAAGGAGCAGCUGACCAAGCUGAUGACCACCCUCCACAACACCAGCCCCAACUUUGUCCGGUGCAUCAUCCCCAACCAUGAGAAGAGGUCUGGGAAACUCGAUGCCCACCUGGUGCUAGAGCAGCUGCGGUGCAACGGGGUUUUGGAGGGGAUCCGCAUCUGCCGACAAGGCUUCCCCAACAGGAUCGUCUUCCAGGAGUUCCGCCAACGCUAUGAAAUCCUUGCUGCCAAUGCCAUUCCGAAAGGAUUUAUGGAUGGGAAACAGGCCUGUAUCCUCAUGAUCAAAGCCCUGGAGUUGGAUCCCAACUUGUACCGGAUCGGUCAGAGCAAGAUUUUCUUCCGGACGGGAGUCUUGGCCCAUUUGGAGGAAGAGCGGGACCUCAAGAUCACCGACGUCAUCAUCACCUUCCAGGCCCAGUCCCGGGGAUACCUGGCCAGGAAGGCUUUUGCAAAGAGGCAGCAGCAAUUGACGGCCAUGAAGGUCAUCCAGAGGAACUGCGUGGCUUAUCUGAAGCUAAGGAACUGGCAAUGGUGGAGGCUCUUCACCAAAGUGAAGCCGCUGCUUCAAGUGACCCGUCAGGAGGAAGAGAUGCAGGUCAAAGACGAGGAGCUCAAGGCGGUGAAGGAGCGUCAGAUCAAGACCGAGAGCGAACUCAAGGAGCUGGAGCAGAAACACAACCAGUUGACGGAAGAGAAGAACCAACUCCAGGAGCAGCUGCAGGCCGAGACGGAGCUGUACGCCGAGGCGGAGGAGAUGCGGAUCCGCCUGGCGGCCAAGAAGCAGGAGCUGGAGGAGAUCCUGCACGAAAUGGAGGCCCGGAUCGAGGAGGAGGAAGAGCGUGGGCAGCAGCUGCAGGCUGAGAAGAAGAAGAUGCAGCAGCAGAUGCUGGAACUGGAGGACCAGCUGGAAGAAGAGGAAGCCGCCCGGCAGAAGCUGCAGCUGGAGAAAGUGACGGCGGAAGCCAAGAUCAAGAAGCUGGAGGAUGACGUCUUGGUGAUGGACGACCAGAACAUCAAGCUCACUAAGGAGAGGAAGCUGAUGGAGGAGCGCAUCAGCGACCUGAGCACCAACCUGGCAGAGGAGGAGGAGAAGGCCAAGAACCUGACCAAGCUGAAGAACAAGCACGAGUCCAUGAUCUCGGAGCUGGAGGUGCGGUUGAAGAAGGAGGAGAAGAGCCGCCAGGAGCUGGACAAGGCCAAGCGCAAGUUGGAGGGUGAGGCCAGCGACCUCCACGAGCAGAUCGCGGACCUCCAGGCCCAGAUCGCGGAGCUCAAGGCCCAGCUGGCCAAGAAGGAGGAGGAGCUGCAAGCCGCACUGGCCAGGCUUGAGGAUGAAACGGGACAGAAGAACAACGCCUUGAAGAAAAUCCGGGAGUUGGAGGCCCACAUCUCAGACCUUCAGGAGGACCUGGACUCGGAGCGGGCAGCCCGGAACAAGGCCGAGAAGCACAAGCGGGAUCUGGGCGAGGAGCUGGAGGCCCUGAAGACGGAGCUGGAGGACACCCUGGACAGCACCGCCACCCAGCAGGAACUCAGGGCCAAGAGGGAGCAGGAAGUGACUGUUCUAAAGCGGGCGCUGGAGGAGGAGACACGAACUCACGAAGCUCAGGUCCAGGAGAUGCGGCAGAAGCACACGCAGGCUGUGGAGGAGCUGGCAGAGCAGCUGGAACAAUUCAAGCGGGCCAAAGCCAACCUGGACAAAACCAAGCAGGGCCUGGAGAAGGACAACGCUGACCUCAGCAAUGAGGUCCGGUCACUCAACCAGGCCAAGCAAGAAGUGGAGCACAAGAAGAAGAAGCUGGAAGGGCAGCUCCAGGAACUGCAGACCAAGUUCGCGGAAGGAGAAAGGGUCCGGACGGAGCUGGGAGAAAAAGUCAACAAGCUACAGGUGGAAGUGGAAAACGUGACGGGGCUCUUGAGUGAGGCUGAAAGCAAGACCAUCAAGCUGAACAAGGACGUCUCAACCUUGAGUUCCCAGUUGCAGGACACUCAGGAGCUCCUCCAAGAAGAGACGCGGCAGAAGCUCAACUUGUCCACCAAACUUCGCCAAAUGGAGGAUGAGAAGAACAGCUUGCAGGACCAACUGGACGAAGAGAUGGAGGCCAAGCAGAACCUGGAGCGGCAUAUUUCAACCCUCAAUGUCCAGCUCUCGGACUCCAAGCGGAAGCUGCAGGAAUACGUGGCCACCGUGGAAAACAUGGAGGAAGGCAAGAAGCGGCUGCAGAAGGAGGUCGAGGGCCUGACGCAACAGUUUGAGGAGAAGGCGGCCUCCUACGACAAGCUGGAGAAGACCAAGAACCGCCUGCAGCAGGAGCUGGACGACUUGGUGGUGGACCUGGACAACCAGCGGCAGAUGGUCUCCAACCUGGAGAAGAAGCAGAAGAAGUUCGACCAGUUGCUGGCGGAGGAGAAGACCAUCUCCUCCAAGUUUGCAGAAGAGCGGGACCGCGCGGAGGCUGAGGCCAGGGAGAAGGAGACCAAGGCCCUGUCUCUGGCGCGGGCUCUGGAGGAGGCCCUGGAGGCCAAGGAGGAGCUGGAGAGGGCCAACAAGGGCCUGCGGGCUGAGAUGGAGGACCUGGUCAGCUCCAAGGACGACGUCGGGAAGAACGUCCACGACCUGGAGAAGUCCAAGCGGGCGCUGGAGCAGCAGGUGGAGGAAAUGAAGACGCAGCUAGAGGAGCUGGAGGACGAGCUCCAGGCCACGGAGGACGCCAAGCUGCGGCUGGAGGUCAACAUGCAGGCCCUCAAGGGGCAGUUCGAGCGCGACCUCCAAGCCCGGGAUGAGCAGAACGAGGAGAAACGCCGCCAGCUCCAGAAGCAGCUCCAUGAAAUGGAAGUGGAGCUGGAGGAUGAGCGAAAGCAACGGGGCCUGGCUGCUGCGGCCAAGAAGAAGCUGGAGGUGGACCUCAAGGACCUGGAGGGGCAGGUGGACUCGGCCAACAAGGGCCGGGAGGAGGCCAUCAAGCAGCUACGGAAACUGCAGGCUCAGAUGAAGGACUUCCAGCGAGAGCUGGAUGAUGCCCGGGCCUCAAGGGAAGAGGUCUUUGCCACGGCCAGAGAGAACGAGAAGAAGGCCAAGAACCUGGAGGCCGAGCUGAUGCAGCUCCAGGAGGAUUUGGCGGCCGCAGAACGAGCCAAGAAGCAAGCGGAGCAAGAGAAAGACGACUUGGCGGAAGAGCUGGCCAGCGCCACUUCGGGCAGGACCAGCCUCCAGGACGAGAAGCGCCGUUUGGAGGCCAGGAUCUCGCAGCUGGAGGAAGAGCUGGAGGAGGAGCAGGGCAACAUGGAGGCCAUGAGCGACCGCUUCCGGAAGGCCGUCCAGCAGUCGGAGCAGCUGAGCAACGAACUGGCGUCGGAGCGGGCAGCGGCGCAGAAGAACGAGAGCGGGCGGCAGCAGCUGGAGCGGCAGAACAAGGAGCUGCGGUCCAAGUUGCAGGAGAUGGAGGGGGCCGUCAAGUCCAAGUUCAAGGCCACCGUCACGGCCCUCGAGGCCAAGAUCGCACAGCUGGAGGAGCAGCUGGAGCAGGAGGCCAGGGAAAAGCAGACAGCCGCCAAGGCCCUGCGGCAGAAGGACAAGAAGCUCAAGGAGGUUUUGCUUCAGGUGGAGGAUGAGAGGAAGCAGGCGGAGCAAUACAAAGACCAGGCGGACAAAGGCAACGCCCGGGUGAAGCAGCUGAAGCGGCAGCUGGAGGAGGCCGAAGAGGAGGCCCAGCGCAUCAACGCCAGCCGCCGGAAGCUGCAGCGGGAGCUGGACGAGGCCACCGAGGGCAGCGAGGCCUUGGGCCGGGAAGUGACCGCCCUCAAGAACAAGCUCAGACGGGGCAACGAGCCCUCCGCCUCGUCCUUUGCCCCGUCCAGACGGUCCGGCGGAGGAGGAGGAGGGAGACGCACCAUCGAAAACGCGGCCGGAGACGGGUCGGAGGACGAAGCCGAUGCCAAAGACGGGGACUUCAACGGCACCAAGGCCGAGUGAGGGCCCUCCGAAGGGCAUCCAAACGGACCCCACACCCAAAAUAUAUACAAAAAAAAAAUUGGAAAAGGAUUACCCGAUGCCAGGGGGGUCGUUUUCGUAUCACCAUUUAAUGCUUUUAUGUUUUCCCAACGGUCACCUCCAGCUCAUGGCACCAACGGCUUUUCCUCGAGUGCAAGCACCGAUACCUCUACGCUGGGCAGGAUUCGUAUUCAUAUUAUUAUUAUUAAUAAUAAUAUUAUUAUUCCCUUUUCAGAAACAUUCUUGUGCCUCUAGGGACAGAAAUUCAGAAAUAUUAUACGCAUACUGAUGGAUUGUUAUUAUUUCCCCCCCUCUGAAAUAUUAUUUUUCCCCCUCUCUGAAAUAUUAUUUUUCCCCUUUAUGGAUUACAAUAAUAUUUUGGAAGAAGUAAUAAUAAUAAUAAUAAAUAUUCCCCUUUCAGAAACAUUCUUGUGCCCCUAGAGACAGAAAUUCAGAAAUAUUAUACAUGUACUGAUGGAUUAUUAUUAUUUUCCCCUCUCUGAAAUAUUAUUUUUCCCCUUUAUGGAUUACAAUAUUUUGGAAGAAAUAAUAAUAAUAAAUAUUCCCCUUUCAGAAACAUUCUUGUGCCCCUAGAGACAGAAAUUCAGAAAUAUUAUACACAUACUGAUGGAUUAUUAUUAUUUCCCCCUCUCUGAAAUAUUAUUUUUCCCCUUUAUGGGUUACAAUAUUUUGGAAGUAGUAGUAGUAAUAAUAAUAAUAAUAAUAAUAAUAAUAAUAAUAAUAAUAAAUAUUCCCCUUUCAGAAACAUUCUUGUGCCCCUAGAGACAAAAAUUCAGAAAUAUUAUAUACAUACUGAUGGAUUAUUAUUAUUUCCCCCUCUCUGAAAUAUUAUUUUCCCCCUUUAUGGAUUACAAUAAUAUUUUGAAAUAAUAAUAAUAAUAAUAAUAAUAAUAAUAAUAAUAAUAAUAAAUUACACCAUAAAAUAGUGUACUCCAUAAAGGCCGAAAUUCCAUGUUUUAUGUGCAACUGAGAGAUUAUUAUCCUUUCUGAAAUAUGAUUGGCAGAAAUGCAAUGUUUUAUAUGUAAUUGAUGAAUUAUUAUUAUUAUUAUUAUUGCCCUCUAUACUAUUGAAUUUUUAAAUUUAUGGAAUACGAUAUUUUGGAAGGGGAACAGUAAUACUAAUAAUAAAUCAGUUACACAGUAAUAUUUCUAGAGAUGGUAAUAAUAAUAAUAAUGUGUUUAUGUGAAACAGGGAGAUUAUUAUCCUUUCUGAAAUAUGAUUGGCAGAAAUGCAAUGUUUUAUAUGCAAUUGAUGAAUUAUUAUUAUUAUUGCCUUCUAUACUAUUGAAUUUUUAAAUGUAUGGAAUACAAUAUUUUGGAAGGGGAAUAGUAAUAAUAAUAAUAAAUCAGUUACACAGUAAUAUUUCUAGAAAUGGUAAUAAUAAUAAUAAUAAUAAUGUGAUUUAUGUGAAACUAUUAUUAUUAUUAUUAUUAUUAUUAUUAAUACUAUUAAUGCCUUCUGGAACCUCACUCUACCCCAUAAAUACAGAAAUUCUAUGUGUAAACAAUGUCGGGAAUCCUAUCUGAAUCUUUGCACUUUCUUCCAUUUAAAAUCCCAAAGUGCCUUCUUUCCUUCCUUCGUUGCUUUUAAUGUUUCCUUCAUUUUUUCCCCCAAAAUUCCCCAAAUUUGAAUUGUGUCCUGUUUUAAACUGUGAUGGAUUUUUGUGCUUUGACACACACUUCAAUAAAGGUGUAUAAAACCACAGAGGAACAUCA